AAACAGAGAGUAUUACUUCACAAGCGAUUCUAAUCAUGAAUUCUAGUAACAAGAAAAUUCAUUGACUGUCAUUAUGCAGAACUCUUUUACCUACAUUCUAUUAUAUAGUUGAAAUUUUCAACGCAAUAUAUUUAUUCUAAUGAAGUUGGUAAUUCUUUUAUAGUUUGUGUAUUUUAAGUAAUUAUUUAUUUAGUCAAUAAUGUUACCUGCCGAUCUUAAAGAUAUACGGAGUAUUGCAUUUUUAGAUCACUAAAUUUUCCAAAUCUUAUGCAGUAAGUAAUAUUACAAUGCGCUCUAAAGACAUUCCGAUACCGAGGUCGCGUUCGAUUCGUAUACGUUUCGUGGAAGUAGAUAAAUAAAUGAAAUAAUUAAAAAUAUAGUUACAUGAAUGUGUCAACCGUAUAUAUUCAUGUUCAUGAUUUUAAUAGUAACGCGCCACCUGGAAGCCUUCGUAUACGUAGUGACAGUGUUGGGUUACAGUUUACAGUGUUGAGCAAUUGUAAAUAUGUCAUUAUCGAAGGUUACAUUUUUUACACGACAACGGAAAUAAACUCGAAACGUUACGGCCAAUUUAUUUAAAUAUAUAUGCGGACAAUGUCGAUAGCCGGCUGUCAAUUUUGAUAAUUUCCUUGUACCAUGAUGGGAAUAUUGUAUGAGAAACGGCCACUAAAACGGCCUAAACUGGGGCCGCCUGACGUAUAUCCUCAAGAACCCAAGCAGAAAGAAGACGAGCUCACUUCUAUAAAUGUAAAACAUGGAUUCUCUACGAUACUUCAACUGUCCGAUGAAUUUGGAACUGCAAGAAACUGUAAUGUCACUGCCGCUAAAGUGGGAGCAUACUUUAAUGGGAUUCUUGCAAAGAAGGAAGAACUUUCUACGAUGCCCGACACAGGCAGAAAGAGGCAACAAAUUAAUCCAAAAGAUAAUUUCUGGCCAGUAACUGCAAGAACAAAAAAUGGCAUAGAAGCAUGGUUUAAAGAUCUUUCUGGUUGUAAACCGCUAAUAGCUCUUGCAAAAAAAGCUCCUAACUUUAAUAAAAAGGAAGAGAUAUUUAUGAUGCUAUGCGAAUAUCAAGUUCCAAUGCUUAGAGCAGCUUGGUUCAUUAAACUUAGUUCAGCUUACACAGUAGCUGUUUCUGAGGCCAAAAUAAAGAAGAGACAAUUACCUGAUCCAACUACAGAAUGGACAGGAACACUCAUUAAGUUUCUAAAGGAUCAACUUUCCAAGCUACAAGAGUAUUAUUAUAUAAAUAUUCAUGGAACAAGUAGCACUAGUAACAAUGGUAUUACAAAUAAUUCUUGUAACGGUAAUGGUUCUGGAAGUAGCAACAAUAACAGCAGCAGUAAUAACAGUGUUAACAAUACUACUACUAAUAAUAAUGGAGUUGCUAAUAAUCCACCGACUACGCCAAAUUCUAAUAACCAAACAACACCUGGGAGUAGCAUGAAUGAAGAACAUAAGUUAGCAUUAAAACAAUGGCAUUAUUGUGUGCAAUUAGCAAAGUAUAUGUUUGAGGAAGGUUUAUUAGAUAGGCAGGAAUUGCUACAGUGGAUUUUAGAAUUAUUAGAUAAAAUUAAAUCGUCUCCAUCAGAAGAUGGUAUUUUAAAGCUCUUAUUGCCACUGGCACUGCAAUAUUUGGAAGAAUUUGUGCAGUCUGAAUUGUUAGCCAGACGUUUGGCAUAUCUAUGUUGUCGUAAAUUGGCGCACAUGUGUAACAAUGUAGAGACCAAUGGAAAUCCUCAAAGUCCGUCCAUAAAUAAAAGCGAUGUUAAUGGUGGGAAAGACACUGCCACUGUUAAUCAAAUACCAAAUCCAUUAACUGCUGCUUUUAAUGAUUACUUGUUAUGUCCACAUCACAGAGAUGUGAUAUAUAGCUUGUCAACGAUUAUACAGGUAAUCACAUUGGAAUGUCCAACAGCAUUGGUAUGGAAUAGUGUUGGAGAAGGGAAAGCUCCUUCUGUAUUAAAUGGUUCUCCUUUGGACUAUUUACCUUGUCCUCCCACAGCUUUACCAUGUCCUCCAGCAAGUGCAACAAAUCCUACAUUAAAACAGCUCAAGAUUGCCCAAGAAAACAUUCGAGCAAGAUCUCAGGCUGCAGAAGGUAAAUGGUCAUGCGACAAAUGGCAGCAAAGCAGUGCUGGAAUAACGACUACGAAAGUGUUGGCUGCUUUGGAUGCUCUGGAUAGGCACAGUUUCGAUAGAAUGGAUUCUACCAAUUCAUUAGAUACACUUUAUGCUAAAAUAUUCAUGUCACCACCGAAGGAUAAUGCCAAUGAACGAGAUUCAAAAACUGAAUAUAAUCCACAACAAGAUUCUGCUGUAGUAGAAAUUUUAUGCGAAUGGGCUGUUAGUGCUGAACGGUGGGGGGAGCAUAGAGCAAUGGCAGUGGCAAAGCUGCUUGAAAAACGGCAGAGUGAAGUAACUGGUGAAACGAAUGAUAACGAUGAUAAAGACAGUGUCUGUAGUAAUGGAAAUCCACCUGUACUUCCAAUCUUUCAACCAUUGCUUAUGAAGUUUUUGGACAUGGAUGCCCCGGUAUUAGAUAAUACUUCAGCUCAAUCAAAAGUUCAGUUCACGAAUUUGGUUCACUUAUUUUCAGAAUUAAUUAGGCACGAUGUGUUUUCACACGAUGCCUACAUGUGCACACUCAUUUCUAGAGGAGAUCUUAUACAAGGUCCCGCAGCAAGCAAGCCUGGAACUCCUAGUAAUCGAGAACCAAUCGAUGAAGAUAGUUUGUUUCCGGGUAUAGACUUAAAGCCAGCAAAGUUAGAGGUUCCAGAUCAUGGAAGAACAAUGGAUUAUGAUGAUAGUAAGAUUGAUGAUGACUUGGACAAGAUAUUGCAACAUAUUAAAGAAGAUCAACAAAACAGUAUGGAUGCUCCUGAUAGUCCUAAAGAGGAUGCAUUAGCUGGGCAUGGUACUCAAGAAGGACUGGAUUCUAAAAUACCAUCCAGUCAUAGUAGACAUUUGUUGUAUACAACACAUUUUCCAUUACCGCAGGAUGAAACAUGCAGUCAACACGAUUGCAAUCAACGACAUGUACUACUUUACGGAGUAGGUAGAGUUAGGGAUGACGCUAGACAUGUUGUCAAGAAGAUGACAAAGGAAGUGUGCAAACUGUUUGGCAAAAAAUUCAGCAUCGAUGUCGCAGAAGGUGGAAAAGUGAAAAAACAUUCCCGUAGCGAAUUUAACUUUGAAGCGAUCACUCUAAAAUUCCAGAACUUAAGUUACUUUGAUCAACAUGUGGUAACGUGGCAGUGCGCGACUCAAGUGAUUGAAAUGUUAAAUACGUUUGCCCUAGCUGGAUCGUCUUACUUGCCAGUGCAAGAGCAUGUAGCUUUCCUCUUUGAUCUAAUGGAGCUAGCUUUAAAUAUAUAUGGUUUAAUAGAUGUUUGUAUUCAAAUUCUAAAAGAGCUCCCAGAGGUUGAGACGCAGUUAACUGUUAGAAAUAGUCAACUGGUUAGAAGUUAUACCACAAGUUUGAGUUUAUAUGUGGUAGGUGUAUUAAGAAGAUAUCAUUGCUGUUUGUUGUUGUCUCCGGAACAGACAACUGCUGUAUUCGAUUUACUGUGUAAAAUUGUAAAGCAUGUAUCCAAUCCUAGCGAUUGUAGUUCUGCUGAGAGAUGCGUACUAGCACAUCUCUACGAUUUGUAUUCGUCUUGUUCGUUAUUGAAAACCAAACCACACGGAGUGGAAGCAUUCAGUAAUGCCUAUCCCAAGAUCCGAACUGCUCUUUACAGCACAUUGCAACCGACGACUUCAAGUCACGUUUAUAAUUCUCAAUUUAUGGUAGAUGUGUUUACUAGCCCAAAGCGCGGCGGGAAGAUCGAACCGCAAUGGGCUAGACAAUUAAAUGAAACGCCGGCUAAUCGUUAUAGUUUCGUUUGCAAUGCGAUUGUUGCAGUGUGCAGCGAAACAGACAACGAUAAACUGAACGAUAUCGCAAUAACUUGUGCAGAACUGACAGCAUGUUGUAACGCGCUCAAUGCUGAGUGGCUUGGAGUUCUCAUGGCGCUUUGUUGUUCGUCGAAUAGCUCUGCUUUUUACAUAGAUGUUUUGAACCAAGUUGAUGUACAAGAUUUAAGCAUACAUAAUUCACUCGCUGUAUUCACAUCAAUUUUAAUUGCGAGACAUUGUUUUUCCUUAGAGGAUUUUGUCGUUCAUAUAGCACUGCCAUCCUUAGUUAAAGCUUGUAACGAGGGCCGUGGAGAUGCAGACAUAGAGGCAGAAGCCGGAGCACGUUUGACAUGUCACUUGCUUCUGCGACUUUUCAAAACAGUCGAAUGUCCUCAGCCAGCUUUGUACUCCGUGAGCACCAGUCCUCAUCCUCUACCCAAUGGAAACUCCAGAGGUUACAGUAUAAAAUUAAGUUGUGAUAGGCACUUGUUAGCAGCUGCUCACAACAACAUUAGGGUUGGCCCCGUCUUAGCUGUACUUAAAGCUAUAUUGGUUGUUGCCGACGCUACUGCUGGCAAACAACCUCCAAAGAAGCCAGACGUGCCGAUGAAUCAUUCGAGCAAAGCUGGUGGACCGGCUAGCGUGGGAGUUGGUGUUGGUGUUAGCACAGGUGGACCAAGUGAAUUAUCGAUUAGUCAUAUCCUCGGUACUAGCGAUAUUCUAGGCGGUGGUGAUGACUUAGGACUCGAUUUAGCUAUGUCAUCAUCUAGCAGCAGUGCUGGCAUGACUUCAGAAAACGUUAAAGGACUGUCAGAUUUUGCACAGCAUGUGCUAAGGCAAAUUUGUAGCCAGGAAUGGGUCUUAGAGAGAUGUUUGCAGAAUCCUGAAGAGCUUUGUCAUCCAGACAUGUUACUCGACAAUAUGUUGACUCCUCGUCAAGCUCAGAGUUUGCUCCACAUGAUCUGUUACCCAGAAACUUCCAAUGAUGCAUUUAUCGAUCAGAAGACUCAUAUCACGAACAUUCUAGAAAAUUUGGAACAGUGGAGUCUGCGAAUGUCCUGGCUCGAUCUGCAGCUCAUGUACAAACAAUUUCCUCCAGGAUCCAGCGAUCUUUCUCAGUGGCUGGAUACAGUUGCUAAAGCUGCAAUCGACGUGUUUCAAUUGAACACCGUGUCUAAUAAACCAGAUAAACGGUCUGGCUCCAUAUGGUUAGUUGCUCCACUGGUUUCAAAAUUACCCAGUGCUGUACAAGGCAGAGUUCUUAAAGUAGCUGGUCAAGUGUUGGAAUCCGGCAAUUGGUCGAAAACAGCAGCCGGUCGUGAGAGGGGUAGAUCAAAAUCGCCGUCUCUUUUCAAUCACCAGCCAUUUCUCUCACUUGUUCUUACUUGUUUGAAAGGUCAAGAUGAUCAAAGAGAAGGACUGUUGAUGUCAUUGCACUCACAACUAUCGCAAUUCUUAAAUAUCAGUAAAGAAGAGAAAAAUUUCGCUACUGAAGAUCCAAAAACGAGAGAGGUGUUACAGGAUGCGCUUCAGUUAAGGUUCAGUCUCGUUGGUGGCGUUUUCGAUACCAUUCAAAGAAACACUACUGUUACUACAGACUGGGCUAUCCUUUUGGUCCAAUUGGUUAGCUACGGUGUUAUAGACUUAAGUAAUAAUUCCGAAUUAUUUACAACUGUCAUAGAUAUGUUGGCAACUCUGAUACAUUCUACCCUUGUCUCGGAUUCGCAAUCCGAAAAAGAUGAGAAUAAGAAGCAUUAUCAAAAUCUGAUGAAGAAGUUGAAGAAGGAACUAGGCGACAGAAAUUCUCAGAGUAUUCGAUAUGUCAGGCAAUUGUUACCGCUGCCAAAACUAACGAUGGAAGUUAUUACCUGUGAACCGGUUGGUUGUUUAACGGACACGAAGGGAAACAAGAUAGCUGGUUUCGAUAGCAUCGAUAAAAAACAGGGUUUGCAAGUAUGUGAUUCGCAAAGAGUAUCAGCAUGGGAGGUACUAGAAGGUCACAAAAAUCCAGCACCCAUAUCUUGGGCUUGGUUCAGAGCGGUGAAACUAGAACGUAAACCCCUAACGUAUCAGAAUGCCCACAAACUGUUACGAUAUCAUACUCACAGUCAAAUUAGAACACCUAGCCACUAUUUGGAUCCACCGCCAUUACCUCCAGAAGAUUUGGAACCAGACAAGAAGGAAUCCGAACCUGGGAAAGCUGAUACUCCUAUGAGCAUUGAUUCUCCUGGAAGAGUACAAGGCACUGUUAGUAGUAGCGGAAUUGGUAGUGCUGUUACCAAUGGUAAAGGAAAAGCUAUGAAAGCCAGAAGACACAGAAGGAGUAAAGGAGCAGCUACACCAACUGCACCAGUAUCACAACAAAUUCAGCAAGCACCAAACCAACUUCAACAGAUGGCGUUUGGAAAUCAACAAGUACCUGUCACCCAACAACCAGGAAUGUUUACUGGUCAACCACCACAACAUCAGCAACAGUGGUAUGCGAAUCAGCAAACUCAUACACCAGCCCAACAAUAUGGAUAUGGACAACAGUUACCACCAACUCCAGUUGGACAAAGAUACGAUAGACCAGGCAUGAACAAUCAGUCUAAACAAGCGCUUUCUCACAUGUUACGUUUACGAUUACCGUCCAAUCAACUGAUGAGCUCCCAACAGCAACCGAAUGCUACACCUGUUGGUGGACCUGGAGCCUUCCAAGGAAUGCAAAGACAACAGUUCAUUAGGCAACAAUUAAGAGCUCAACAUGGAGCCCCUAAUAUGAAUCCACAACAAGGAAUGUUUGCUUCACAGCAACAACAGCAACAACAACCACAGCAACAAGGAAUUUACACCGGAAUACAACAAGGAAUGAACCAAAAUUAUGCAGGAUAUGGAGGACAACAAAUGAUACCACAACAACAACCGCAGCAACAACAGCAACAGGCACCUCAACAAGCGCAACAGCAGCAGCAACUAUUACAACAACAGCAACAAGGUUUAAUGAACCAACAGCAGAACAUGAUGUUUUCCAAUCAACAACAGAUGAUGACACAACGAGGACAGGAAUACAUGCCACAGCAGCGUAUGCAGCCCGGAACUGCUAGGCCACCUUAUCUUCAGGCUCCAAAUGUUACAAUGAAUACGAUGGGUCCGAUGGGAGGUGGAGUUCAAAAUCAACCAGCUCCGCCAUAUAGACAAGCCAGUGGAAAACCUGGUGCUGUUGGAGUGACUGGAGUCGGAACUGCUAAUGUUGGUUUACAACAAAAUCAACAAUUCCAACAGCAAGCAAUCAAUCAACAACGUAUGAGACAACAAAUGCUUGCAAUGCAACAACAACAACAGCAAGCACAGCAACAACAACAAGCUCAGCAACAACAGCAACAACAAGGCAAUGCUGGUGGACAACAGCCGACUCCUCAAAUAGUGACGCAUUUGCAACGGCACUUAAGCCAACCACCGCAACAUUAUCAGCAUCAACCUCCGCCUUAUUAGUAGUUUAAUAUGUACAUAAAUUAAUUGAUACGUUGUACAAGAACAAUUUAUAUGAAGUGUGUAAGUACAUCUGGAUCGCAAGAGUUACAUAACUUAAUUUACAGUAUGAAUGUGUAAAGCGUGCCAUGCCAAAGGCAAUAAAGUGGAAACAAUUUUAGACAUUGGAAGCUGAUUUCCUAUGCAUUUGACUUUCCUAAUAAAUUAUAAUGUAACCAGCAUGAAAUAUAUCCAUGUCGAUUUGUUGAAAUAAUUGUAUAAUUCCUGUACCUGAGAACAAAUAAACUGAUAGCAAAGUCUCUUUUAUAAAAUUAAAUAACGAAAGCUUACACGCGUUUCAAAUAAAAAUUUUUUAUCUGAAACUUCCAAAACCAUGAUAAUUUGCUUUUCUUUACAUUGGGGUCUUGUAUAAAAAAUGCCCUAUACUUAAUUUUUCAAAUAAAGAGUAAUAUAUUAACCCAUAAAUAUAAUAAUCAAUGAAAAAAUACCUAUAAGUGCAAUUCGUUACACACGAGAUGAUCUCUGUGACAGUAUAAGGGCAUAAACAUAGAC